GCGCCCCGGCCGGGAAAAGUCGCGCCCGGCGCCCCCGGCCGCGUGGCGCGCCGCGCGGUGGCGGCGCCUGGGGGUCACGCCGCAGCGCCCCGGUUGCCCGGCGCCGGCCCGGCGGCUAUAUCCGCCAGCGUCCCCGGCGCCGCCGCCGCGCGCGCGCCGCCACGCCUCCAACGAGCGAGUCCCGAGAAUGAGCGAAACCCGCUGGUGGUUCAUCCGCCACGCGCCGGUCGACAGCGGCGGCGUGAUCUACGGCCAGGACGACCUGCCGGCCGACUGCGCCGACCCCACGCUGUUCGACAGCCAGGCCCGGCGCCUGCCGCGCGACGCCGUGUGGAUGGUCACGCCGCUGCAGCGCACACGCCAGACCGCCGAUGCGCUGCGCCAGCGGCUGUCCCAUCCGGUGCCCGACUACCUGGUCGAGCCCGACUUCGCCGAGCAGCAUUUCGGCGCCUGGCAGGGCCGCACCCACGCCGAGCUGCGCGCCGAACGCCAUCCGGAGUGGCAUCGCUUCUGGCUGGCCCCGGCGACCGAGCGGCCGCCCCAGGGCGAAAGCUUCGCCGACCUGACCGCGCGGGUCGCGCGCGGCCUGCGCCACCACAGCGAACAGCAGCAAGGCCGCGACGUGGUCUGCGUCGCCCACGGCGGCACCAUCCGCGCCAUCCUCUCGAUCGCCCUGGACAUCGAGCCGGAGCGCGCCCUGGCCUUCUCGGUCGAGAACUGCUCGCUGACCCGCGUCGACUGGUUCGCCGGCUCGGCCGGCAGCCACCUGCCGGGCGACGCGGGAAGCUGGCGGGUGGUCACGGACUCCGGCCAGGACGGCGCGGCCCAGGACGCCCAGGAGCUGGUGGACAAGGCGGCGCUGACCGCCGAGUCGCUGCUGCGCAACCCCGAUUUCAGCGACCUCGCCUCCUACAUGCGCCGCGCCAAGGCGGUGCUGGUGUUCCCGCAGAUCCUGAAGGCCGGCUUCAUCCUUGGCGCCGAGGGCGGGCGCGGCGUGCUGCUGGUGCGCGGCGCCGACGGGAGCUGGAGCCCGCCGGCCUUCUACACCCUGGCCGCCGGCUCGAUCGGCCUGCAGAUCGGCGGUCAGGUCAGCGAGCUGGUGAUGACCGUGAUGAACGACGGCGCGCUGGCCGCGAUGAUGAAGAACAAGGUGCAGCUCGGCGGCGAGGUCUCGGUCGCCGUCGGCCCGCUCGGCAAGGGCGCCGAGGCGGCCACCACCACCAACCUGAACAGCGAUGUCGUCGCCUUUUCCAAGACCGUCGGCCUGUUCGGCGGCGGCGCGCUGGAGGGCGCCGGACUGAUCCCCGAGCACGACUGGAACCGCAGCUACUACAACGCCCCGCAGGCAACGCCGGAGUCGAUCGUGCUGGAGCGCCAGUACUACAACGUCGGCGCCGACCGCCUGCGCCGGGCGCUGCCGCAGCCGCGCGGCGAGGGC